AAAACAUCAUCCGAAAAAACAUCAACCCACAGCUUUUGAACCGCUAAUCUCUCACUUUCUUUCCCCUAUCUCAUUUUCUCCCCAAUCUCCGGCAACAAUCUGCUCCCUCAACCACCGUCUCACGGCGGCGAGACGGUGUUUUCAGCAAUGUCAACAUCCAUAAUCUCCACCGCACUCUCUCUCCCCACAAAAACCCACCUCCAAUCUCAACAACCCCAACAAUUCACCACCCUUAAACCCUCAAUUCCCCUCUCCACUUUCACCCCCAAACCCCUUUCUCUCUCCUCCCGCAAAUUCUCGCCUCUCUCCGCCAUGGCAAUCGAGAAAGAAACCCCGGAAACAGAGGCCCCACCCACAUUCCUCCGUGACGGGUCCACAUCAUCCGAUACUGUCCGAGGAAGGUUCGAGAAGAUGAUUCGAGAAACACAAGAUAGGGUUUGCGAGGCGAUUGAGGCUGCCGACGGUGGUGCGAAGUUUAAGGAGGAUGUUUGGUCGCGACCUGGUGGUGGUGGUGGGAUUAGUAGAGUUUUGCAAGACGGUGCCGUUUUUGAGAAAGCUGGUGUAAAUGUUUCGGUUGUUUAUGGUGUUAUGCCACCUGAUGCUUAUCGCGCUGCUAAAGGUGGUGGUGGGGACCACAAACCUGGUCCAAUCCCUUUCUUUGCUGCUGGUGUUAGCUCGGUUUUGCACCCGAAGAAUCCAUUUGCUCCAACAUUACACUUCAAUUAUCGGUACUUUGAGACUGAGGCUCCUGAAGAUGCUCCUGGAGCACCUCGGCAAUGGUGGUUUGGUGGUGGUACUGACUAUACUCCUGCCUACAUUUUUGAGGAAGAUGUUAAGCACUUCCAUCAGGUCCAAAAAGACGCUUGUGAUAAAUUUGAUCCUAGCUUCUACCCACGUUUCAAGAAAUGGUGUGACGAUUAUUUCUACAUCAAGCACCGAGAUGAGCGAAGAGGGCUCGGUGGAAUCUUCUUUGACGAUCUAAAUGACUAUGACCAAGAGAUGCUUCUUUCUUUCGCCACUGAAUGUGCAAGCUCUGUGAUACCUGCAUAUCUUCCCAUCAUAGAGAAAAGGAAAGAUACACCUUUCACUGAAAAACACAAGGAAUGGCAGCAGUUGAGACGGGGACGUUAUGUAGAGUUUAAUCUGGUUUACGAUAGAGGCACUACAUUUGGACUGAAAACCGGUGGUCGGAUAGAGAGCAUUCUGGUCUCUCUUCCCUUGACUGCUCGCUGGGAAUACGAUCAAAAACCAGAAGAGGGCAGUGAAGAGUGGAAAUUGCUGGAUGCUUGUAUCAACCCUAAAGAAUGGUUAUGAUUUGUGACUCUGCCCUUUUGUAGAACCCACCGGCCCGGCCCGACGACUUUUUUCGACCUCCUCCGCCUCCCCGAGUUCCUUGAGUAGACUGCUUGAAGAUGUAACGAAAAUCCCGAGUUCUUUCUUGUUCAUAAGCUAGUGAUUUACCCCUUUUUAGAGGGUGUGUUCAUCUGUUCAAUUGUAGAUUAAUUAUGUUUUAUCAUCUUGUGCAAUUGUAGAUGUAAUAACCUGCAAAUAAAUGUAAUCUGGUUAUAAAAUGUAAGAACUUCCCGGUUUCCACGCAA